AUGGGGGGAUUUUGCCCCGUCCCAAGCUGCUCCUUGUUGACGGGGCACCGGUUUAGCACACGGCCGGCUGGUGUGGAUGAGUGUGACCGCGACUUAACGGUACAAAUUCCCAAAUACCUUUCAUGCACUCACCUGCCAAACGAGGAUGUUAUAUACUUAUCCCUCCUCGAGAACAAAAGCAAUAACCAAAAUCAAACAUGCGCAGGUGCCCAGUGCCCCGAUACCUUCUUCGAGGCCGGGGGAGGAUGCUUCCACGUCAUAGACACCGGCGACACGGACAUCACCUGGGAAGACGCUCGGGAAACGUGCAUUGGCCUGAGCGACAGCGGCUGGACUGUGGACUUGGCUUCCCUCGACUCCACGGCGCAGCUCGAGGCCUUCGCGGAGGCGUGGGCUACAGUGGGGGCAGACUACAGGCCCUACGGCUACAUGUGGGUGGGCUUCACCCGUGAGACCGGGGAGUGGGCCAACCUGGACGGAGUGCCAAUAUCCCUCUACUCCAACGUGUGGCGGGAAGGUCAUCCGCACGACAUGAACAUGUACGUCUACAUCGAGGACGUCACCAUGACCUCCGGCAGCGAGUCCCGAGGGCGCUUCUACGCCUCGUGCACGAUGACGGACGCUCUUCAGAGGGCGCUGUGCAGGGCUUACCCACAGAAGUAAAAGGGUAAAAUAUGUAAUAUCAAACAAAUAAAAAAUACUCACAC